AUGUCACUGGCCUUUGGCUCUAAUGCUACAUCAUCCAAGAAGCGAAGAAUACAGGACCCACAGUCACCCCACUCCAGCAAGCCCCGCACAGUGCAGAAGAAAUCCACAGGCUCUCCAGCGGUGGCGAAUGAAAAUGCGUCGACAACACGAGAUGCCUCGUCUCAGGUGAAAAGUUUCCAGGAAUUGAUCCUCUCCAGCACACUCCAAAAGGCCGUUUCCGAUCUGGAACUCUCGGAAUUGUCACCACUGCAGUCUCGGGCCAUCCCUGCACUGCUUGAUGGGAAAGAUGUUGCUGCUGUAGCACAGGCCGGACGGGAUACUAUGCUUUCUUUCUUGGUUCCUGCCGUGGCUUUGCUGGAAAAACACCGUUUUCAUACCCGACAUGGUACUGGAGUGCUUAUCGUGACGCCUGACCGCGAAACCGCCGUUCAGAUAUCUGGACUAGCUUCGGAACUGCUUGCUGGCACUUCGCAUACCGUCGGGAUGGUCAUUGAGGGCGCCAACCGCGGUGCCGAAGAGCAGAAAUUGGACAGAGGCGUCAACCUGUUGGUUGCCACGCCAGCGAGAUUACUCGAGCACAUGCGUGAUGUGACUUCAUUCGUGUACAAGAACAUGAAGGCGUUCUUCGUGUACGGAGCAGAUUCGCUCGUCGAGCAGGGGAUGCAGAAGCAAGUGCGAGAAAUAAUCUCACUCAUUCCCAAGAAGGGCCGUACAUCUGGAGUUUUUGGGACGGAGAGGACGGACGGGGUUGAGGGUCUCGUCGAGCUUAUUUGCCGUCCCGAAGCAGUUAAAAUCACGUCGACGACAGGCACAUCAACCGAUGCGAAUGCAUCUACUGCCCAGACCCAGGGUUACGUUAUUGUUGAGGCUGAUAAACGAUUCCUGUUGCUUUACUCGUUUCUGAAGAAAUUUCAGAGAAAGAGGAUGGUUGUGUUUGUCUCGUCGACGUCUGGUGUGCUGUUCUGUGAGGAAGCGUUUGGUUCCUUCGAUUUGCCGGUCCAUGCCAUCCAUGGAAGGCAGAAUGCGAAGUCACGGGCGGCUGCCUUCUCUGGUUUCCUGAACGAUGCUGAGGGCACUCUUAUAUGCACAGAGGAGGCAGUCCAAGGACUUGAUGUUCCAUCUGCAGAUUGGGUCAUCCAGUACGAUCCGCCGCGAUCCAUCAGAGACUUUAUUCACCGGCGGGGGACAGUUCAAGGUCGACCGGUUGCCUUCGUUCUACCCAGCGAAAGCGGCUUCAUCGAUAGUCUUAAAACUGCGGGCAUUGUGGUCGAGGAAUUUGACUUCCCCAAGAAUAAGCUCAUCAAUAUCCAGAGUCAGCUCGAGAAGUUGGUGUCGAAAAACUUCGAGCUUCACACAUUAGCAAAGGGAGGAUUCAGGGCAUUCCUUCAAGACUACAACCACCACCCCGACAGCAAAAUAUUCCCCGUCACAGCCCUCGACGUGCGGAAAGUCGGAAAAAGCUUUGGGUUUGACACACCGCCCCGAGUCGAAGUGAAAGUGGAAGAGAAGGUGGUCGUGGAUAAGAACAAGCGGAUAUAUGGGCCCGAAAAGCCCAAGGCCGGCAAGAAACGCAAGGCGUCAGUCGUAGCUUAA